AAACUCGUCAGUAUUAAUAAACAUUAUCAAGAAUAAUAAUUCAUAAUAAAUUAUAUUAUGAGACAUACUAUUAAGAAUCAAAUACGAUAACCUUUUGCAGCUUAAGUCAAUAAGUUGUUUUAACGGUUUUGGCUAUAUAAAACUUAUAUAUUUCUUAGUCAAUAUUUGGAUUACAAUGGAUAUCAAUUCAAUAGUACUUUUGGUUUUGUUUGGUAUUGAAUAUGUGUUUACACAAAGAAAUGGCGCUGCAAAUUUAACCGAUGAAAUCAAUGUUAUUGAAGUUCUUAAUGACUGCAAAUGUGUGUAUAAUUAUCAGUGCGAUCCAAGUGGGUUUAUUAGGUUAAAUGGAGAGGGUUUAUUUGAUGUAAGGUUUGGGGAAAAAAGCAGUGAAGACGAAGUUAGUGAAAAUACACCUAAUUGCCCUGGGGGCAAAUACGAAGGUGAAAUAAAAUGUUGUAAGCUGACAAUUGGACAAUCCACACCUCCUACAACAUCAACUACCACAAAACGAAGUGGUAGUACUUUAAAAAAUAGCACUAGUCCAAAGUGCGGAAGACCACGACAUAUUAUAGAUGUCAGGGUCUUAAAUCCUGAUGCGGAUACGACUCCAAUAGAAGGAGAGUUUCCGUGGUUAGCUGCUAUUUUUCGAAAGAACAAAUGGACUGGUCAAUGGAAUUUUAAUAAACUGGGCUCCUUAAUACAUCCAAAAGUCAUUUUAACAGGAGCUCAUGUAAUUCUAAAUUCUAAGCCCAACGAGCUAAAAGUCAUUGUGAAUGCUAAAAUAGAAAGACCAGAAGUGGGUUUUAAUUCGAGACAGGAGCGAGAUGUCGAGGAAAUUAUAAAACAUCCAGAUUAUAAUUCAGGAGCCCUUUGGAAUGACGUUGCGUUACUGAUCCUUAAGGAACCCUAUAAUAUAACAAACUCGUACGAGGAAACUCUUAAUACAAUUUGUUUAAAGUCAAGUGUUUCCUAUGAAAAUAAACGUUGUUAUAUUGCUUCUUGGGAGAAAACCAGCAAUGGAAACUCAGGAAAUGCGAUACUAAAGAAGGUAGAUCUACCCACGCAUUCACCAGAAAAAUGUCAAGAACUGCUCAGAAAAACAAGAUUGGGUGAGAGCUAUAUUUUCCACGAGUCUUUUAUGUGCGCUGGUGGGGAAGAGGGGAAAGAUGCAUGCAUUGGUGAUGGUGGUAGUCCACUGGUGUGUCCAACAGAAGAACGAAAUGCUUUUUACCAAGUAGGUUUGGUAGUUUAUGGUGUACAAUGUGGUAAAAAGGACGUGCCCGGAGUUUACACGAAUGUGGGACACUUUUAUAGUUGGAUAAGUGAGAGAUUAACAGAGCAUAAUUUAAAGAUUGAUCAUAUUUAAUUAUUUUUAAUAAAAAGUCUUAAUUCUUAUAUACAAAACGAUUCACUCUAA